CAGCUGAUUUAUUAAAUAUUCGGUCCACUCCACACAUUUCGCGUAACACAGCUAUUUAGUAAUUAGGCGCUUCAGCAUUACCAAAAAAUGUUACAAUUUGCUAGAAUUGCUGUACGAAGUGUUGCUAGCAGCCACCAGGCGGUCGUAACCCCACUUUUAAACAGUGCAAUAACUCGGCGAAAUUUUUGUGCACCUGUGGAAAAUAAGGAUCAGCCCAUCGAUAUACCCAACCCUUUCGAGAAAGAGCGCCGUGUGUGCAUUCUUUGCAAACACAAUAUAGUACCAGAGUAUAAAAAUGUGAAGUUGCUAUCCCAGUUCCAGUCUCCUUACACAGGUCGUAUUUAUGGCCGACAUAUAACUGGGUUGUGUAAACAAAAACAAGAACAAGUAGAGAAAGCAAUUAUUCGUGCACAAAAUUGUGCUAUGAUGCCGACAUACCACAAGGAAAUGGACUUUAUGCAAGAUCCGCGUUUGUUUGAUCCUGAAAAGCCAAUACGCCCACAUAAAUACUAAAUGACGCAAGACAAUUCUUAGGUAUUUAAUGUUAGACGUUUUAUUUUUCGCCAAUCGAAUUAGGAAAUAAACAUCGUGUUAAUUCUAAAAAGUGCUUAACUUUGAA